AUUAAAAUUUUUAUUUUACGAUUUUAAGAUUUUAAUCCUUUUCCACGCCACCACGUUAAGCUGCUCACCCCAAUAGACUUUGCCCUAAGUGUCAUAUGGUUGAUUAGUCCUUUUAGUCCAAUCUUUUGUGAAUGAAGAAAGAAGCAGAAAAUCUCAACUUGUACAGUUUACUCAGUUUGAGACAUGUUGAUUAAUUGUUAACAAAUUCUUGAUUGCUGUUUAGUUAAAAAAGAUAGCUGACAUUUAUUUUUAGCAAAGGCGCAUUCGUGCCUGUAAAUAGAAACAACAUGCAAGCACCGCAACCCUCCUUCCUAGCAACGGUCGCCUUGACAAUUUAAAUAAACGUGACACGUAACGUAAUUGGGAUACCGAUAAACGAACAAUGACGGUAAAAUCAUACGCACUUAAAGCAGAAAAAAGAAAUUUUCCAUAUCUUCUCCUUCGAAGAUACAAAUACAUUACCUGGAGAAAACUGACUUGCGGAAGCAAACCAUUGAUGCACUGUGUACAUAAAUGUCAUCGAUUCCCCAUCCUCCUAUUUAACGUUGGCCGAACCCAUUGAAUAGACAGCAAUAAAAUGUCUCCUUACUUCUCGCUUUGCAAGAAAGCAAUGAUUCGUUCGAAAGAAUUUGAAUUUUACUACAAACAGGACGCGAGCCAUGGGGCCAUUCUGAAGAUUGCCGAAAAGGCGAUAGCUGCUAACAGGAUCUAUGUCACUCUUGAUGUCGCCAUAGAACUUUGCGAACGACUGGAAUUACUGGAACAACUUUAUCAAGAGUUCAGACCCCUACCGGAGAAUGGGCAGCUCGGCUACCAGGAGAUUGUGGAACCGGAAUCGACAUACCAAUUGGAAUUAAGCGUCCGUAGACAUCGACAAAAUUUGCAGAUUACGCAGAGCAAAAAGAGAUUGACGCGCGGGCCACCUGAUAACAUUAACGUACCGGACAUGAGCGAUUUCCGUCAAGAACUGGUUGAGCUGGUGGAAAACUUGUCAAUCCAUUGUUUUGAACUAGGUGUUGAAACGGAUGAAUCCGGACUGUCGAAGAUGGUUCGAGGUAAUCGGAUCGCUGUUAUCUAUUGCCCUGUCCGUCCGUGGCCAUGGACACAUUCGUAUCAAAGGCAACAACUUCUCCUUGAUCCGCAGUUGGUUGGACUGAUCCUUUUCGACCGUAACGUUCACAGAAUUCGUCACUACUGCGAGCGUGUCUAUCCUGAUUUGAUGGUGGAUGCUUAUGUAGACAUUGACUACGAUCACGACGAAUGGAGUGUCUUUUACGAAAACCUGAAAGUCCGCUGGAUUCGUCGCGGUCAACAAUUCCGCAUCAACGAACGACCUGGAACACUGUCUCUGAAACACGAAGAUCAAUGGUUUACUGCAUAAGUGAACUGCAA